CGUCCGGCGCAUCGUGACAGCGCGCGAACCGCUCCGCGUUAUUUUAUCGUCCGCGUUAUCGGGGGAUAACCCGGCGACGAGGUGUGACGGGCCGAUGUAAUCUUGCCGCCUUUGCCGCCUUUACCGGAAAAAUCAUUCGCGAAGUUGGAGACGCGCGCCGCGGGAGAUUCACGAUGUGCGGCGUGACGAAGAUACGAUCGUGAAUUGACGCGGUCAUACCAGUCACUCGUCCCGGAAGUAAAGCGGCCUCGAUAAAAUAUUGAAGGACUCUGCCUUGGUCCGCCUCUCCCGAUGACACUUCUGCUCGAUUUAAUCAAUCUCGUUAAUGCUAGUCGAUAUUAGUGACGAAGCUCGGCACGAAAGCUUGACGGAAGUUGUAAACGGACACCUCUAUUAGUUGAAAUGAACGGAUCCACGUCCCUCGAGGAUUGCAGCACGCAACCGGCGCAGGAGAUCAAGGUCUACAAGAAACGAUGGCUGAUCCUCAUACUCUUCGUGGUGUACAGCGCCAGCAACUCCAUGCAGUGGAUCGAAUACAGCAUCAUUACAAACAUUGUGACGAAGUAUUACGGAGUUUCGGAUUAUACGGUGGACAUGACGAGCAUGAUAUACAUGAUAACGUACAUACCGUUGAUAUUUCCCGCCAGUUACCUGCUUGAUGCCUUCGGCCUCAGGUGUACGGUGAUCGUCGGCGCGCUCGGGACCGCUCUCGGCUCCUGGAUAAAGGUGUUAAGCAUAGACCCCAAUCUCUUCUGGGUCACGUUCGUCGGUCAAACGGUGGUGGCCAUCAGCCAAACUUGCAUUCUGUCCGUUCCAGCUCGACUGGCCGCGGUAUGGUUCGGGGACAACGAAGUCAGUCGAGCGUGCGGUAUCGGUGUCUUCGGUAACCAGUUGGGAAUAGCCAUUGGUUUCUUAUUCCCACCGAUGUUAGUACAAAAUAAGGAGAACUACGAUAUCGAAAGGGGGCUUCAACGUAUGUUCUACUCCGUUGCGGCUCUCACGACGAUCACGCUAAUUCUUAUAUUAAUCCUUUUCAAGUCGGCACCGCCUUUACCACCUAGUGCAGCUCAAGCUGUGCAAAGAAAGAAGAAGUCCGAGAGCACCGGGGAAGUGAAGAAAUUUUUUGACUCCAUCAAAAGGCUGUUCUCGAAUCGCGGUUAUCUGUUACUUUUAGUCAGCUACGGCAUCAACGUCGGCACCUUUUACGCUAUAAGCACUCUCCUGAAUCGACUCGUCACGAAACAGUUUCAGGAUGGUGAAGAGGACGCUGGUCGAAUCGGCUUAACUAUAGUUUGCGCUGGCAUGAUGGGCUCCAUUGUGUGCGGUAUUUUAUUGGACAAAACACACAAGUUCUGGUGGACAACGGUAGGAGUGUAUAUUAUGUCAUUGGUUGGUAUGAUAAUCUUCACCUUUACAUUGGACAAGAAUGUGGGAAUAUUCGUUGUUUACAUCACGGCUGGCAUUCUGGGCUUUUUCAUGACUGGCUACCUACCGGUCGGUUUCGAGCUCGCCGCGGAGCUCACGUUCCCGGAGCCGGAAGGCACGUCGACGGGUCUGCUGAACGCGGUCGUGCAGAUCUUCGGCAUCGCCUUCACCCCGCUCUAUCGCUGCCUGCUCAACAUAUGGGGUGAUUUGUGGGCAAACGUCGCGCUGUGCGUCGUCCUCGCAGUUGGCGUUUUGCUCACGACUUUGAUACCGAACGACAUGAAGCGUCAGAAUGCGAAGGCUUGACAUUUCGAACGGCAGUCGCCGAGCCAGUAACGUGCGCCAACAACGAGCCUUCGGAGCUUCUGUGGUUGGAACGAGUAGUUUUCGCCUCGACAAUACUCCUCAUAACCCGUUAUUCCAGUCCAGUUUGGACUUAUAUCCCCGAAUAUAUCCCGUGUGCCGGAAAUAUUGUUCCUCUGAGCCACGUGUGUAUUCGAAGAAGGUAUAACUUUUUCGAAACUAAAUUGAUUAAUAGAGUCCCUACAAAAAAAAAAAAUAGUCAGACAGUAUUGAAAAGCGUUUACUUCUCGUAGAACUUUCAGACUUUUACUUUAAUAGAUAGAGAUUUAGUGCGCCUAAGUGCCGAGAUGCCUAAUAUUGAGAGUUUGUAGAAGUUUCGAAUAUAAUAGACCAAUAUUUUUAUGGAAAAAUUGACAGCCGAAUUUACUGAAAAAUUCGGUGUAAAUAGACAAUGGUACGAUUGGCUUUAAGAAAAGAUAAGAGAGAAAGCUAUAUAUAUAUAUAUAUGUCUAAAGAUAUAUUUUUGUUGUCGUUGCUAUUAGAUGUAGAAACAAAGUGGUCUAACAAAUAUAUGUACAAAACGGCGAGGAAUAGCAUCGUCGGAAAGAUCGUCGGAAAAUUCUCGAUCCUGUUGUUAGUGGAACUCUUUAAUCUCAGGUAAACGGUAGUAAUUUAGAGGUGGUAUUAUGCAGUAAUGAAUUAACUCUGAAAAUCAGUGAGAAAGCGAGGAUAUCGUAACAGGAUAAUAAUUAAAACAUUUUAUAGAAAUAUUGCGAAAUUAUACGUUUUUAAUCUAUAACAACAAUCGACAAUAAUCUACAAUUUAAACUUUUAUCAUUUUCUAUACAUGUAUAUAUCUUCUUGAAUUCCCGUAUUUUGAAACAUCGUUAAUGAAUGGUAUCCGAGAAUAUAAAUUUUUUUAGAGCGUUAAAGCGAAUUCAUUGUUGCAUAAUGUCCAGUUUAGUAUACGUUAUGCGUAAACACGUAGCCAUGAGUCUAUACAAAUUGUUAUCGGGUUAGCGCAGAUACUACUGCGAUAGACGAGAAACGUAGUAAUUAAAAGUGAUAAGCGUAAUGACAGUGAAAAUUCGAGUUAUAGCUUUAUUGCGGUAAUAAAUAAAUGUAUUAAUAUGUAAUAUAGAAACGACUGUUUCAAAUUCCAACUCUAUUAUUGUGACAUUAUUAGUGAUUAUCGAAUAGUGUCUGCUCUAAUAUAAUCACCGGAUUAAAUUGAUCAUUAUAGAUAACGGUCGUAAUAUUGCGUUAUAUGUGAUUUUAUUACCGCAAGCUUACUGUUUCUUGUGUACUGUAUCUACAAUGUGCCUAGCUUGAAUCAUUGUCAUUCACGUGGAACUCUAUUUUUAUUAAUUGUCCACCUUGUGAUAAAAAAACAAAGUUAUUUAAUUCAUAUUUAGAUUUAUAUUAUAUUUUCCUAUAUAUAUAUAUAUAUAUUAUAUUUUCGAAUAUACAUAUAUAAUUUUUUCGAAAAACGAUAAACGUUUCAUUAGGAUGUACAAUUAUUUAUGAAAACCUCGUUUAAUCAUGGCGUCCAUUUAUAGAUAAUAGUGUAUUCACACACAAAAAUAUUAGGACAUUAGGUGUUUUAAAAAUGAAAUUAUCGUAGCAUUAAGAGAACGUAAAAUCACGCUUAAAAAUUUCUGUGUUCAUCUCGCGUGUGUGCCAUUAAUUUCAGGUUCUAAAAAUGAAAGAGUAAGAGCAUUUACAAUAGACAAAGUUAAAUAUUCUUCAAGACCGCAUGUACAAACGGAUAACUGUUUAAACCGCAAAGACACAAUCCCGAAGGCGUCCGCCUUCGAAUCAGCGACAAAUAAAUCGUCUUCCAAUGUAAUGUUUCUUCAUUGUAUUUUUUUAGGCCAUUUAUUGUGUGUUCCCACAAAGUUGUUCUAUUUUAUAAAUAAAAUGUUAAAACAAUGAUAAAA